AUGGUCCUCAGCAUAUUGGUGUCCCUCUUCAUGCCAAGAUUAGAGAAAGUUGUCCAAAUGAAGGCUGGCUUCUACGGCCUGCUAGAUCGCCCAAAGCAGAGCAACUUCAGAUCUUACUCUGCACCAAAGUUUCCAACCAGUCUUACAUGGGAAGCUAUAAGGCAUAGAGGAGAACAAGCUGUUUGGGCUUCUCUAGUCUGGUUCAAGGGUCACACUCCACGACACGCCUUUCAUAUGUGGGUUACUCAGCAGGACAGGUUGCCUACUCGUGCAAGACUUGCUACUUGGGACCCAGGUAUUGAUGCAUCUUGCCUUCUUUGUGGUGGAUGUGUUGAGACAAGGGAUCAUUUAUUUCUCAGAUGUAGUUUCAGUGAACAAGUGUGGCACCUCGUAACCAAACUUCUAGGCUACCGGCCUACUCUGUUCCAUACCUGGACAACCUUUGGUGACUGGCUUAGUUCAUCGGAUUCUACUUGCCCCACAACGCUCCGUCGACUUGCUGCACAUGCAACUACAUACCAGCUUUGGACAGAGCGUAAUAACCGUCUUCAUAACGCAGCUUCCUCUACGCCUCAAAGGAUCUUCAAAGACCUUGACAGGCUAAUCCGGAACUCAAUCCUUGCAAGGAAAGAGCGAAGGAAAUUCAGAGGACUAAUGCAAGUUUGGCUAAAGCAUUCUUGA